AUGACGUUGAAGCUGUUAUACGUAUGUGUGACAGGCGACCCAAAUAUCAACUGGAACUUCAGAGUUGCGAGAUAUCACUCGUAUGGAACGCAUAGGUGCCAUUCGCACGUACGCGGCUUGGGCCUUGAUGAACGGCUCGAGCCACGCGAUAACUCGCAAGGGAUGGUUGGCCAAGGGAAAGCGCGUAAAGCCGCUGGGCUUAUCCUCAAGAUGGUCCAAGAGGGUCGGAUCGCAGGGCGAGCAAUUCUUAUGGCCGGUCCGCCGAGUUCGGGGAAGACGCUAUCGCUAUGGGUGAGCAUGGCGCAAACAUUGGGGACUGACGUGCCAUUUACUAUGAUUGCUGCCAGCGAGGUAUUCUCGUUGUCGAUGUCCAAAACGGAGGCCCUCACUCAGGCCCUGAGGCGGAGCAUUGGCGUGCGGAUCAAGGAAGAAACCGAAAUUAUUGAAGGAGAGGCGACAAAAACAGGGAAAUUGACAAUCAAGUCAACGGACAUGGAAACUGUGUAUGACCUUGGCCACAAGAUGAUUGAUGCAUUACGGAAAGAGAAAGUCAUAGCUGGGGACGUCGUCAUGGUCGAUAAGGCUUCAGGGAAGAUCACCAAGCUGGGGAGGUCUUUCGCUCGCUCUCGAGACUAUGAUGCAAUGGGAGCAGAUACAAAAUUCGUCCAAUGUCCCGAAGGGGAGAUCCAGAAGCGGAAGGAAGUGGUCCACACCGUGUCAUUGCAUGAGAUCGAUGUCAUUAACAGCCGAACGCAAGGAUUUUUGGCGUUAUUCGCUGGCGACACUGGUGAAAUCAAAGCCGAACUACGAGAGCAGAUCAAUUCCAAGGUUGCAGAGUGGAGAGAGGAAGGAAAAGCGGAGAUUAUACCAGGGGUUCUCUUUAUUGACGAAGUACACAUGCUCGACAUUGAAUGUUUCUCCUUCCUUAAUCGUGCUAUCGAAGACGAACUUGCCCCGAUUGUUAUCAUGGCUUCGAACAGGGGGAUGGCCCCGAUACGAGGCACAAACUUCAAAAGUCCUCAUGGAUUACCUGUUGAUCUUCUCGACCGAGUCCUCAUCAUAAGUACCCGACAAUACGAACCUGAAGAUAUAGAGCAAAUCAUAAAGAUACGGUGUCAGGAAGAAGACGUCACGCUAACGGUUGACGCACAAGCAGUGUUAACUUCGAUGGCUGUACAGACAACUUUAAGAUACGCUCUAAACCUUAUUUCCUGUGCCGAUAUAAUCGCUAAGAAACGGAAGGCGACGGCUGUGGACACUGAUGAUCUUCGACGGUGCUAUACGUACUUCUUAGAUGAGAAGCGGAGUGUUCAGUGGCUGAAGGAGCAGCAAGGGAGUAUGAUGUUUGAGGAGACUCGCGAUGUCGAGAUGCAGUCUUAGAGCAUGUAAUUCGAAAAGUAUCAUUAGGCAUUACGAGUUGUGUAAUUUAGCACUCGCUCCACAGUAAAAUGAAUGGGUGAUAACAAAUAUUUAAUGUAUUACAUAGAUCCUCACUCAUCUGCCCGACUAUCCAGUUCAGGAAAUAAUGCCUCGAAUACCUAGGAGUGGUUAAGUGCUAAAAGGACAAAGGUAGGAGCAAGAGGACAUACUUCAUCAAGUAUGGUAUACGCAAUGUGCUGGUUCAGCCGACGGUUCUGCAGUACUGCAAACAUCCUUCUUGCUCCUCGCCGAGCAUUUGAACGGCCAAUCAUGUUGGAAGCAAGUGCUGCAUCACUUGUCAAAGCAAGGAUCACCUAAGCGACAA